CGUCGUCGUAAAUACAAGGCGAGAGUCGGCGGCGGCUCAGAGGCGCAGCGCGACGGAACAUGACACCGGAGAGCAGAACCGGCGACCUGAGGGGCGUGGCCUCAGCCAGCAGACAGGAGGAGGCUCCUGGAGGACUCUGGGACUCGGUGAAGAAGGCCGCCGUGGUCAUCGGGUCGGGCAUCUUGUUCCUGGCGGCGUUCGGGAACUCGCUGACAUGGCACCUGCAGAGGUUCUGGGGAGCUUCAGGAGACUUCUGGCAGGACUUGUGGACCAAGCUGCACGUGACCUUCGAGGGUCAUCACACGGCGUUGUUCUACUUGGGGACGAUGCUGGUCCCCACUCUGGCCUUCUGGGGGGCCAACGCUCUGCUGCUGCUGGUGGACACCACCGGGAAACCUGCCUUCAUCACCCGCUACCGCAUCCAGGUGGACAAGAACAACCCGGUGGAUAAACAGAAGCUCAUCCACGCCUUGAAGACCGUCCUCUUCAACCACCUGUGCAUCUCGGGGCCCAUGUUGGUGGGGGCCUACCAGCUGAUGACCUUGAGGGGCGACCCCUGUGACCCCCAGCUGCCCACCUUCCACCGGGCCCUGAUGGAGCUGGCCUUCUUCUCCAUCCUGGAGGAGCUCAUCUUCUACUACUCCCACAGGCUGUUCCAUCAGCCCGGCCUCUACAAGCGCUUCCACAAGCAGCACCACGAGUGGACGGCCCCCAUCGGCAUCGUGUGCAUCUACGCUCACCCCCUGGAGCACAUUAUCUCCAACAUGCUGCCGGUGAUCCUGGGCCCCGUGGUCCUGGCCUCCCACAUGACCACCACCUGCCUGUGGCUGUGCACGGCCCUCAUCAGCACCACCAUCUCGCACUGCGGGUACCACCUCCCCUUCCUGCCCUCCCCCGAGUUCCACGACUUCCACCACCUGCGGUUCAACCAGUGCUUCGGGGUCUUCGGGGUUCUGGACCGGCUCCACGGCACCGACGCCAAGUUCCGCCUGACGAAGCAGUACGAGCGCCACUCGCUGCUGACGGGCCUCACGCCGCUGAGAGACAGCAUCCCCGACACGCCCACCAAGGGGCGCGACCUUUGACCCCCCCGCUUUGAAUCUGGAACCGACAGCUGAUCGAAUCCAACAGAAGUCUGAAGACGUGUUGCACUAAUUUCAGCUUUUAAUCGAUUGUUUUAACGUUAUUGUAAUAAAGAAAUGAUUGUUGUAAUAACUGAUGUCAUCCAAACGUCUUCAUUAGAAGACGCACUUUACUCAGGACCAACGUCCAAAGUAAACAAUGUAAAAUAAACUUUAAAAGUUAA